ACAAAGUAGAAAACGAGGAAUGUAUAAAAAAUGAUGUAGGAUUAUAGUUCAAGAAAUAAAAGUGUCGUUUCGAAAAUGAGCAUGGAAGUGAUUAACAAUCUUGCUUUUAUUUUAGAAACUUUUCGCACCUUGAAGUUGUUUUCAAAAUAAUGUAACGCAAUUUGUUUUACAGGAAGAUGGGAUAUAGUUUGUGUAAUUGCUAAAAUAAAAUAAAGUGACUUGUUAAAAAAAGGUUUUUGCAGUUUUGACUACUUUUAAUACUUGUAUAACUAAAGGCUGUCAUUUCCCGCAGUUACGUUUAAGUGACGUUUUAUAGCUAAACAGAAUUAUGUAAUAUUAAUGCAAAUAAGUGUAUCUGAUUGUUAGUAAAUGUUUGAAUAACAUCCUCGAGAUAAAAUAAUACCAUUUAUGGAGAUAAAACGUACAUUACAGACGGUCAAAGAGACGUUAACAGACGUGCAUAUGGCCUAACGAAUAAAAGUAUUAUCACACUAUAUAAAUAGCAUGACUUCGCUGUGGGUGCGUCAAAACGUCAGUUUCAUUUUGUUAGUGUACAUCUUUCAUGAUAGUCAUAUCUUCCAAAACAUUAUUCCAGCAGCAAAAUUAGUUUGCUCCCCUGAUUUUUGAGCAUUUAUGAAAUAGCGUUUAGAAACAUAACACUUUACCUGACAAGAAUUACGUCUUCAUUAGAUCCUUUUUUUUAUCAAAGUAAUGGCAUAUACGCUCCCAAAGAACCAUCUUAUAUAGGUUUUAUUAGUAAUACUAACAUAAUUGUAAGCGUUAUUUACCUGACAUGGAUGCUUACUGCACUAAUUCUCGAAUGUAUAUCUUUGUUUCUGCAUUUUCUGAAAAGAAAAACAUACCCUUGAUAAAAAAGACUGUCUUUAAAAAUACCAUGCAAGCUUGGAAUCAUUCUUAGAAAAGAAAUAACAGGCUUUCUCUCAUCAGAAAUGAAAAUAAAUUGAAUAGAAAUAUAAUUAGUCUAGUCAGCUUUGGAACUAUUUUGAAAUAAUGAAUAUUGGAAAUUCUGUUGUCUUGUAAAAUGUUGUUCUAAAUUCAAAACUAAUCGAUAGGCUAGAGAUGCUCAAUAAAGAGAACUUUGAUCUUACCAAAACAACAACAAUCAUUAACCUGGUUUUACACGCAGCCAGUUUAUUGCUGUGUCAGUGCUAGGAACCAAAAACUAUUUAUAUUCUUUCUUUAUUUGCGGAUGGGACGUACAUGGAGUGCUUUGAAUAAUUCGAGGACAUAUCUGAUUAAUGAUAUGGGUAACAGAAAAUGAAGAUAAAUGGGAGUCACAAAUAUGGUUUAGGAAAGCUGAAGACCUAAAUGGCAUCGAUGUCACGGAUUAAUGUCGAUAACAGUUUAAAUUACUCAAAGGAAUAGCAGUAAAAGGUAAAAGAAAUGGCCUCUGAUUUGAGUGGCGCUUCAAGUGGAAGUAUGUUGGGAUUGAAUGGAACGGAUUUAGAAAACAUAUACAGCGAUCUGUGUAAAAAUCUCAGUAACCUUUGUGUGAAUGAGACACAUCUGGAUAACGGAACAAACGCCACCGGCAACGGCACUGAUGGAGCAGACGAAUUUGAACUUCCGCAUUCGUUAUGGUUAACAAUAGUGUUAGGCAUUGCGGCUUCAGUGGUGAUUAUUGUGACUGUUCUCGGGAAUAUUCUGGUGCUUCUUUCGUUUGUACUGGAGAGAUCUAUACGACAGCCAACCAAUUACUUCAUAGCCUCCUUGGCCAUGUCUGAUCUACUCAUAGGGACAUUCUCCAUGCCAUGUUUCACAAUAUAUUUACUGUUAGGGUACUGGCCACUUGGUGAGAUAAUUUGUGACAUAUGGCUGUCAUUAGAUUGGACUGUGUGCCUAGCAUCCCAGUAUACUGUUUUCUUUAUUACAACAGAUAGAUUUUGUAGCGUAAAAAUUCCCGCAAAAUACCGGAACUGGAGGACGGAUAAAAAAGUUAGAAUUAUGAUAGCGUUAUCUUGGACUAUUCCAUCGCUAGUAUUUUUCACAACAAUAAUUGGCUGGCAAUAUUUUGUCGGUAAAAGGACAGUUGCGUCUACAUCUUGCGAGGUGCAGUUUAUGAGCGACCCUUUGUUUACUUUCUUGUUAACAAUUGGAUAUUAUUGGACAACGCUGAUAGUAAUGAUCUCGCUAUAUGUAGGAAUUUACCGCGUUGCCUUGGCUUUACAGAGAAAAUCUAACGAAAAACAAAAGAAAAUGAACCAUGCAAUGGAACUUUCUAAAAAUAAAGCCACUAAACCUGUUAGCAAAGGAGGAGCUAAGGCUAAGGAAAGCAAGAAGCGGGUGGAAAAUAAUAACGCACGGUAUCUAAGGGGUGCACAGGAAAACAACACCUUGACAACGAGCUUCUCAAGACAUUCGGAAAAUGAAUAUUCCAAACCUUCAGAGGAGGAUCGGAGUUCAAGUCCUGCAUUUGCUUCCGAUGAAGACGAAGGGAGCAGCGCAGAAAUGAAAACAGAAGGAUGUUAUGUAAAUAGUGCUGUUCAAACAGAACCGACUUUGAAAGGCAUGCUGGGUUCCUCUGUUAACCAUAUGUCACGUUUAGCUUUCUCGCUUUCUGGAACAAGUGUAAGCGCAUCCCAAGCUUCUAGUUCAGGUGAAAAGGAUUCCUCCGACGAACAACAGCAUCACCACGAAUCUAGCCAUAAUAAACCACUACUGCCAGAAACUAAUCAAGUGAUGUUUAAACCGUUAAAAGACCCAGCGAAACCUAGCUUUGAUGGAAUAGUAUUCAAGGAGGAGAAUGAAGAAACUGAUAAACUUAAUGAGUCAGCAACACCGUUAAUUGAAAGCGAUGUGUUACAUGGCAUCCGAUAUAUCGACGAAGACAGCCUUAAAUCUCUCACUUCCACAGACAAUGUUAAACUGUUGGCAGAAAUAAAGGAAAUAUCGCCGCGAAAAUCUGAAGCAGAUUCUCCAGUUUGGAGAAAAAGAAACGUUGACGACGACAAGUCGCUUCUUGUUCCUCAUUCAGGAGAGUCGGGAAGUUCUGAGGCUAUGUCAUCAUCAGUUGUUGACACUACAAGCCCUAACCAAGGUUACAAUGACAAAAAGUGCAAUGAAAUGAAUAAUAAGAAAGCCGAGUCUCACAAAGUGCUAAAUAAAAAUCGAAAAGACGAACACAAAAAACACAAACUCCAUUUACGAAAUCAUAGUGAUAAGAAAUCAAAAGACAAACAUACAAUAGGUAGUCCUUUACAGUCGUUAGUAAGGUCUUUAAGACCCUCUGCUAACAAGAAAACAAAGCCAGUAAAAUCAAAAUCUGAAAAUCGCGCACGGAAGGCUUUACGGACGAUCUCUAUCAUUCUGGGUGCUUACGUACUUUGCUGGACCCCGUAUCACGUGAUGGUAUUCAUAAUCGGAAUAUGUGGAGACUGGAGCUGUAUAAACCUAACGCUCUAUUACUUCACGUACUGGCUGUGUUACUUAAACAGUCCCAUAAAUCCAUUCUGCUACGCCUUUGCUAACGCCCAGUUUAAAAGAACCUUCAUUAGAAUAUUAAAAUUUGACCUUCACCGAACAUGAUGACAAAUAUAAAUAGCUGUGUAGAUUUCUGUACAGAAUGCCCAUGUAAAUACGAUGUUGUGUGAUAAAAACAAAACAAUGUACAGUGCAUGUGAAACAAGUCAAGUUAUAAUGGACACAAAAACACAAAGUGAUGAAAAGAAUUGCGGAAUAUUAAAUGCAAUGAAUAUUUAAAUAAAAACAGUUAGGGGUUUAAUAAUAUCCCUAUGAAAGUGUUUGAAAACAGUUUGCACGCAUGCGCGGCUGUAUGUUUGUUUCUCAGUGUAUAUGAUAAGCACGCCAGCGAGCAUAUAGCAAAAUUAUUGACAAGUCCGAAAUCGAAAGAAAACAUCUUACUAUAAGCAGAUGACUUUUUAAAAUUUUAUAAGUGGAUGUGUUUGAAAAUGGUUUGCAUGUAACAUCAUUUUUUCAUGAGUAAUGUGUCAUGUAUGUUGUAGGCCAAAUUAGGUGUUUUAUUGUACAUUUCGUUCAGGCAUUUUUUUCUACUUUGAUACGGACAGGAUUCAAGUACAAGUGUAUCUAGAUUUUGAAUCUAUCGUUUUUAAGGAUAAUAUUUUAUUUUCUUGUGGAAAUGAGUCUGUACAAUUCUUCAAAGUAUGCAAUUCGACCACCUUGUCGUUUCUUUAUUCUCGAAUUUUCUCGGAUACAGCGAACUUAUGAUUAAUUUUCAAAUACUUUUCAGCUGUACCGUUACAUUAUAUAAAUCAAUAAAAUCUUUAAUUUCAUUUUAAAGUUGGAUAGCAUAAUUUUAUGUGUAACACAUUAUUCUUUACUUUACAUGGACUGCAUGUGGUAUGAAAAUUUUGAUAAUUCUUGAUAAAUAAUCAUACAAGGUGGCUGUAAUUUAUCUUAUAUUAAUUUUCCUCCUUUUUAACAUCCAUUUCAAUCUUAGUUUCUCAUUUGUCGAAUUUCAUGAAAAGGGUUUCAGGUCAUGUUUGAUUUACGUCAGUUUGUUUCAGUCAUAACUAUGUCUGGUUCAAAAUUGAUAUUAAAGUACUUGUGGACAGAGCAAAAUUUAUCACAAAAAGUUUCGUUUUUAAAAACUACUCAGCAGUACAUUAUUUCAUUCGUAUUGUCUUACAUUUUCGAUAAAGAUUGAAAACCCGAGAGUUGAUUUAGCCAAAAAACUUGUGAUAUGUUAUAAUUAUAAAACAAUAAUACCUUUAUACACGGGAUACAAAAAAUUGUCCGAUCGAGAACAAAUUACUCUCUCCCUACUACAGUUGAUUUUCAGUAAUUGUUUACAUAAGUAUUUGUUGUAGAAUAAAUAAGGGUCUUAAAAGACAUUAACAAUUUUUAAAUGAGUUAUCUAUAUAGCUGAUCGUUUUACAAACCUAUCGUUAAUUUCACAAUCAGUUAAAAUAUAAAAUGUAUAAAAUAGCGAUAUUCAUUAAAAAAUGUGUAUACAACACCAUAGAACUUUGUAAAAUAUGCAUCUAUAUGACUUAAUUCGUACAUAUUUCAUAGAAGACAAAUACAUUUGUAUGUGGUAUUGUCUUGUUCGUUCAUUUUCAUUUGGAUUGUAUUGCCAAGAUGCAGCAUUGUAUCCUAUUUACAUAACUAAUGUUUUCCGCAUUCAGUAAAAUACGUCACCAGCUGUUUUCAGAAGGCCAACGAUGCACUAACAGUAUAUGAAUAUCCGGCAAAUAUUGUCAACAUUCGGAGAAAUACUGUCAGCCGGAGCGGGUCGAGCCUAAGUUGACAAUAUUCCUCCAACAGUUGAACUGUUGACAAUAUUUAAAGUCCCACUCAAAGCAGUUUGAUAUUUGUUUCAUCAUACUGAAAAAAGAAAGAAAUUUAAAAAUACGCUGUCUUCGCAAAUUAUCUAAGACUGUCACGUCUUAAACAACAGAAGAACAGUGCAAUUUAACUGUGAGAUUUUUCUAGAUUAGUUUGCCACUCUGAUUUAUACCCUUUCUUUAGCCAGAGAACAUAAAUCGGCAACCGUAUCAGUGACAAUUGGCAAUCGGAUUAAAAUGUCGUGCCGCUUAAUACACUGUGACAAAUUGCAGUCAAAAUCCCUAAAUAGAGAUAUUUUAUUGCUUUGGCAACAGCCAAAACUCUACUGAGUUAUAAAACCGAAAAGGUUAGGCAAAGUCUUCCUGUAUAUAUAUGUUAGAUGUAUUUACAGUGAUGGACGGGUCUCCAGUUAAAACAUUUUCGCUGUUAUAAGCGGGAGAAGAAAACUGCGAAGAAUCACAUACCCAUCCAGCUUAAAAUACGAAUCUAUUUAUAGCACAUUUACACACCGCAUCAAGCUUUUCUUUCGGUGAGGCUGACAGAGCUUUAAAGAUUGUACAACUUGUAGGUGUUUUAAUAAGUAUUCUAGAACAAGUACAUUUAAGUUCAACAAAAAUGUAAGUAAUUUGAGACGUGUUUUAUGAAUAAUAAUUAGUCUAAGAUUUGAAACACUAGCCUGAGAUGUCCGGAAAGAAAAGAUUUGAUAAUAGCGCAAAUUGUUUUCUUAGACUAAGAUGUCUGGAGAGCAGGGAACUGGAAACAAUCCAGAUUUUGUCUUAGACUCGGAAGUCUGGAACACAAAGCACUAGAAGCAACACAAACAGUUUUCAAAGACUCGUAUGUCUGGAAAUGAAGGAGUUGGAAAGAACACAGAUUGUUGGCUUAGACUCGCAUGUCUGGCAAGAUAGGAGUUGGAAAUAACACAAAUUGUUUUCUUAGACUCGCAUGUCUGGAAAGCAAAGAGCUGAAAACUACGUAGAAAUUUUCAUAGCCUCAGAUGUCAGAUUGGAAGUAAGGGACUCGAAACAACAAAGUUUUUGUCUUAUCCUUACGUGUUAGGAAAAGCACAGAAUUGGAAACCGCACGUAUUUAGUAUUAGCCUCGGAUGUCUGGAAAGCAAUAAACCGAUUCAGUUUUAAAAGCGAAUAGCAAUCAACGUACGAUUUGAAUAAGUGAAAGAACGUAAAAGUCAAUUCAAUUUACAUGAAUUUGGUAUACGAAUGAGCUAUAAAUGUGGUUUGUUGUAGACCGUAAUUAGCGGAACAGACAUACACGCAUUAGACUGCAUGUCUUUGACUAAUAAUGAAUUUUUCGACAACUGUUUAUUUUAAACAAAACUGAUACUGGUUUAAUGGCAGUGGAUUCCUUCGAUGUUAUGUUAUUUUAUUUAUUUUUUUCAUUUAUUUGAAACAGAAGCUGACAUACUUUAGAACUUGCCUUGAAAUAUGCAACUGCUGGGGGAUAGAAUCGCGUAUUAAUAUUUAGUCCAAUUAAAAAAAGAUAAUGUAGAAUUUGAGAAGAAAUACACAAACGAUUGUACUAAUGUGAUAAAAUGCCCUACUUAUAAAAAAAGCACUAUUUGCAUCGCUGUUAAUUGACACAUCGCAUUGUCAGCAUAUUCGCACAAUCGUCCUGGACCCAUGUUCAUCAUAGACCAUUGUUCAUCAACGUUAAGUCUGAAAUAUAAACCAUAAAUUUAAAUCUGUUUUCUCACGGCGCAGUAAGCAUUGAUUACAGAGAAGUACUGCAAGAAUUAACUUUUUAGAUACUAAUAUAUAAUAUAUAUAAAUGAUAUACGGGCAAGUUUGUUGCAAACUUUGAAGGAGGGUGAAUACGGACCAGGACUACUGGUCUUUACCAUGAACUCUUUUCAGCUGCUAUUCUUCGUUUUUUGUUUUGUAACUAAAUCUCGUGCAGAAAAUAACUUCCGUCAGUUUAAGGUUGGAUCAAACGUCAAUUGAUGAUUAAUUUAUGUCCGCUCUGUAUCUUUUUUACCAGUAAAAUAUGAAUUUAGAAUUUUAAUUUGUCCAUUUUCAAAGACAUCCUUUUGUACUAUGGCUAGUUUUUUUGUAUCAAUUACACAUAAGUUUAACUAAAACCUCUUUCAGGAUUCAGUUUUUAUAUAAACUGACAGUUAAUACAUUGAUUCAAAGUUUAUAGUUACGGAAUGUACAGUUAGUGCUAUUUUUUGUUGAAAGUAGUCUAUUUGUAGUUAACAUGUCACGUUCUAUGCUAAAAAGUGCUACGAUUGCUUUGUCAGAGUAUGUUGUUGUAUGUUGUCUAAAUCUAACAUAUUUAAGUAACUGUGUCUUUUUCUGUGACUGAUAUGCUUAAAAUAUAUGCUGUCACGUCUUUUGGUUUAAACUAGAAGUAAAUAGUGUUGUUAGAAAUAUAACAAUUUAGCUAAUUUUGAAUGGCUAGGUCUCCAGACUUGUGUAAUAUUUUUACAAAUAUAUACCACUUGUUUUUAAAUUGAGAAAUUGAGAAGUAUUUAUAGUUUUAAUAAGUAAUCGUAAAAGAGGCAAAAAAAGAUCAUAAGCACUAUCUAUGUAAAAUGUAGAAAAACCUUCUACCGAGUCUGAAACUGAAACUGUUUCAUUUGAUUAAACGCCUAUUUUUACGCAAAACAUAUUCAAUGGCGUUUUACAAAUACAUAAAAAUACGACAAAACUUAAGAUAUUUAAUGACAUAUAACAUAAAUGAGCAUAAAUACCAUUGUGAAUAAACGAUUUAGUAAGCAUUAAAAAAAAAGAUCAGACAUCAGAUAAGAUUAAUAAAAUAUUAGAAUAUUAAGAUACAGUAAGACAGCUGUUUGUUAUUAAGUAAGAAUAAGUGGGUUAUUGCAACAUGUCCAAAGUUAUUACAAACAACUGUAUUUUGUAUUUGUUAUAAUAUAGUUCAUUUUCGAAUGUAUUUACACAAUAAAAUCACCCAGUUCACGUUA